GCCUGGAACCUUUCCGAAAGCUCAUCCUCUGUUUCCCUCUGCCUCCUCCUUCUCCUCCUCCGCCGCCGCCGCCGCCUCCUUCACUCGUCAUGGAUGGUUGGUUGGUCGGCCGGUUGGCUGGUUGACCUGACUGACUGGCUGGCUACUUGGUUGGUUGGUUGGUUGGUUCGAUGGAUCAUGGAUGGAUCGAUGGAUAGACAUACUUCUGGGUAUAGUCAGUCAUUCACUCACGACUCCGUUGUGAAUUGUGUUUUAUUGUAUCUAUUCCCAACCCGCCCCAAACCCUUCACCCUUUCAUCCAUCCACGCCUACCUACCUCAAAAUAUCUUCGACCCGCUGUCACCAUCCUUUCACUCUCUCCCUUUCACCCUCAAUCAAUCAAUCGACCAACCGACCGACCAACCAUCCACCAAAGUCAAUCACAUACUCCUACGACUACUACCACUCUCCCUCUUCUCCUUCAUACUCCACUAUCAUUACCAUUAUCACCGCGACUACAUAUACCAGGUUUAGCCUAGCAUCUCCGUAACCUCUCUCACGCCUUGUCCCGGUCUUGCUAGAUAUACGCCUCUCAUAAUCGUCAUCCUUCGCUCCUUCCUCUUCUACUACUUCAGUAGAAGCGUACCUCCUCCCUCGAUCGAACAUCAAAAGUCCUCCUCACCAACAGAAGCCUCUCCUCUCCUCUUCACCUUUCUACUCUUCCAUUGGACCUGCUCUCCGGAACUAGGGUUGCAUUGUUCACUGGGUCGUGGAUACAGACGAUUUCACAAACAGCAUACCAUCAACAAUUACCU